UGAGAAGCUGAAGCUGAGAAAGUAAAGAAAAGAGGUGAGAGAGAAAGAGAGAAAAACCAAACAAAACCCCAAAAAAAACAACAGACAGAACAGUGUGUUUUCUCGGUUGAGUGUAAAAAACAAGAGAGUUUUUUGCUCACUGGUUAUUUGUUUCUGUUGUUUUUACUUUUUCUCUCUGGAAGAAGAAGAAGUGAACACCCUUUUGAUCGGAUUGCAAUUUGGGAUAUUUGGGGAGGUUGUUUGUACGUACCUUGAAUGGAGCGGGACCCAGAGUCCGAUCCACAACCGGAAUGGACAGCUCCGGGACCCGAAACGGGGUUCGAAGAACCGGUUUGGCGGUUGGGAUUAGGGGAUGAGCCGGAAUCUUACCCGGAGAGACCCAAUGAAGCUGAUUGUAUCUACUAUUUGAGGACUGGGUUUUGUGGUUACGGCUCCAGGUGUCGGUUCAAUCAUCCACGUGACCGUACAUCGGUUAUGGGAGCUGGAAGAGGUAAUGCAGGGGGGUAUCCGGAGAGAGUGGGCCAGCCGGCUUGUCAGUAUUAUAUGAGAAAGGGGACCUGCAAAUUUGGUUCUUCCUGUAAAUACCAUCAUCCGAAGCAGGGAGGUGGUUCUGUUAGCCCUGUGCCACUAAAUUAUUUUGGAUAUCCAUUACGCCCGGGUGAAAAGGAGUGUUCUUACUUUGUGAAAACGGGGCAUUGUAAAUUCGGUGCAACAUGUAAAUUCCAUCAUCCCACACCACCUGCUGUAGAGGUUCCUGCACCAUCUCCAGCUCCUCAAGUUGCACCUUUGCCAACUCCAGUUCCUGCACCUACAUUAUAUCCCUCAGUGCAUUCACCGUCCGGUCCUUCGUCACAACAAUAUGGAGUUGUAAUGGCGAGGCCUCCCCUGAUGCCAGGCUCAUAUGUGCAAGGACCUUAUGGUCCUUUGCUUCUUUCCCCGGGCAUGGUUUCUGUUGCGAGUUGGAAUCAUUAUGCGCCACCUGUAAGUCCCAGUAAUCAAGCCACUGCUGGAUCGAGCUCAGUGUUUGGAUUAACACCGUUAUCUCCUUCAGCACCUGCCUAUACUCGAUCUUAUCAGCCUGUACCUACUGGUGCUGUGUCUUCGAGUAGUAUUCUUCAGGAGCAGUCAUUUCCCGAGAGACCUGGCCAACCAGAAUGUCAGUAUUAUAUGAAAACAGGUGAUUGUAAAUACGGAUCCUCCUGUAGAUAUCAUCAUCCGAAAGAAGUGCAUGCACCAAAAGCCGAUGUCAUCCUCAGCCCUCUUGGUCUUCCUCUUCGUCCAGGUGCACCUCCUUGCAUUCAUUAUUCACAGCGUGGAGUAUGCAAGUUCGGAGCUGCUUGCAAAUUUGAUCAUCCUAUGGGAACGCUGAGUUACAGUCCGUCUGCCUCUUCCCUUACCGAUAUGCCUGUUGCACCCUAUCCUGUUGGAUCUACUAUUGGUACUUUAGCUCCAUCAUCCUCAUCUUCGGACUUACGACGAGAACUUCAGUCUGGUUCCAGCAAGGACCCUGCUCCAUCCAUAAUGUCAUCAUCAGUGAGUGCAUCGAGUGAAUCAGUUGGUUCAGUUUUUUCUAAAGGUGGACCAGCUCCUCAGUCAAGCACACAUCAAUCAAGUCAGAGUUCUGCCCCUUCUACCACCACCACAACCAAGGCGCACGCUUCCAGCUAAGAAAAAUGGAAGCAACUGCCUUUAUCCCCCUUUUUUGAUGAAGGUCAUGAACAAAAACAUUAAUUUAUUUUGUGUGCAAGCCUUCGAAAGUAGGAGGCUUCAUUUCUUUGUUA